AGCAGCGGUUUGGAUUGGUUGAAACGUGUCUGAACAAGAAUGUAGCCGGAAUGCACAAGAACGACUACAAACAAGAAACAAAAAACAAAAUUUUAUGCACAAAGCAAAUAAAUCAAAGUUCAGCCAGCCGAGCCAGCGUUUCGCGUUUCAGCAGUCAGCAGUCAAUAGGCCGGAGUCAACACUGUUGAUGCAAUGAUCCUGAUCACGAAGGACGUCGAGGCCUUUUACGGCGCCCUCCGCCAAAAGGACACUUGUUCAGCCAACCCUUUUCUGGAGCUGGAAAGUUUCUUUAAAACCCCUGUUGAUGAUGAUGUCAUCUCCAUAAUCGCCGAUCAGCACUUUUCCCUCUGCAAAGAACUUCUUUUGCAAUUCAUGCAGAGGCCAGAUCUAGAUCCGCUUGAUGAAAAGGAAAAGCUGCUUUUGCCAGCGCUGCGUUUCAUCCAAGUGUUGCUCGCUGCAAAAUGUGAAGAUUUCGAGGCCUUGUUCCUCAAAUCCAACAUGUUGAAACUUCUAUCUAAAUUUGUUGCGUUUUAUGCAGACAUCACCGACUUCAUGGUGAAGGACCUUUCGAAGGCGUGUGCGUUGGAGACUUUGGUCUACAGAUCGCAACUGGUCCCUUCGAAGGAAAUGAUGCAACAGGCCAUCGAGAUGGAAAACGUUCCAGAGUCGGUGCUCAGUCUUUGUGAGUGCAGAAAUGUGGUUUUGGAGCACGUGCAGGAAUGCGAGUGUCUCGAGUGCAUCGAGUGUGAAGACGUCCUUGCCCAGGAAUCUGUCCCGCCUCAGUUCCGCAAACCCGUCCAACCCACCUACAAAGAAAGUGGAUCAGAAAAGCAGGGAAAAGUCAUUUGGCCGUUUCGCUGUCUUCAGUUCCACAAAGCUGCUCUGUGCUGCGUCAAAUCCUAUUGGAACCUUUUGGAGUUUCGCAGCAAGAAAAUCAGCCAAAUCAUCAACUCAAGGCCGAUUCCCCAGCCUGGACACUUCUGGAUUGGAAUUGGCGACAUGAUUGUUGUUGCUUCAAAAGAAAUCUCUUGGAUCAGUUACGAGCCGACGUCUCCAACAGCCCCGAUUCUGCCUGAAUUCGUCCGAGCAAUCGUGCUGACCGAGUGCCCUCUGCCCUUGAGACACGGUUUCCGAGGCCUGUGGUUGCCAGACUACGCUGCCAAAGCGCUUUGCAAACCUAGUGCGCUGAUCCCUCUCUUCAGAAGCGACCCCAUUCACACCUGGAAACCUCUCCUCUUCAUCGGCAACGCCUUUCAACCCACUCCGGACGACCUGCUUGCCGUGGUCAUCAACUUGAUUUACAUUUCCCUUGGAUCGGGAAAAAUUGACGACCUGCUCGUCAUCUUGGAUGGGAAAGGUCCCUGGAGGGCUUACCAGUUGAUCAAGUGUGUCGAAGGAGAGACGAGGAUUGAGUUUCUGGCGAUUCUGAAUGCCUUGGCCUCCAACUGUGAAAAGGGCAGUAGAGGCCUGAUUGCCUGUUGCACCCACAAUUUUUUAGCUGAUUGGUUUGUGUGGCUGAUUCAUUCGAAAAAGGCGUCCGACAAAGAGUUGGAAAUUCUGUUGGAUGGUCUUAAUUUGUACCUGCCAAGAAUUGAAGUGAAAAGGUGGCCCAAGAGUCGCCUCAUCUACGGAGCUGCUAAUGCUUUGAUGAAAUGCUGCCCAUCGGAGAAAAUCCUGAACCAGUUGAAAGCUUGCAUUCACACCUUGACUUGGGACUUUGGCGGAAGAAUUUCCAAACACCGGAGAAAUGCUGCACCACAAGAUGACAAGGGUGAUGCCCAGCGUAAGCUGCAGAUGGAGUGUCUCGUAAGGGAGCGCAAUGAAAACUGCAAAGUGUCCCUUACUUUGGAGAAAUCUUCGUUGGCCGACUUCAACAUGGUCCGCAAACAAUGGCCUGGCGAAACUUGGCUCUUGCCUUGCCGAUCGACCCUCUCCCUCUUUGCCAUUCCCGAGCCAAAAUUAGAAGACGCAGUCGUCUCUAUGAAAUCAAAGUGUCCGUACCUGCUGCGCACCCGCCUGUACAGUUCUGUGGUGCAAGGUGUGCAUUGCGAGGUGCUCAAAGUGCGAGGCAUCCGAGACAUUCGCCAGCCAGCAUUUUCCAAAAUCGUCUGCGGCAUGUUGAAUGCCGGCGGGGGAGAAAUUUGGAUCGGCCUGGGCAACUGUUCCAGGAUCGAAGGCGUUUUUGCUCACCGUUCCGAGCGAGACAGUUUCUCUCAAGGUGUGCUUGACGUGGCCACAUACAGCAUUGAGCCUCGACUGCUGCCCUUCAACCUGGCAAUCGAGCACAUCUUUGUGUUUGACAAACCCGCUCAAGAGUUGAACCCUGACAGAAAUCGCUAUGUCUACAAAGUCACUGUCAAACCUUUGGAGGGAGUGAAUUAUUUGGUCCUUCCGGAGAAAGUUUGCCUGACCAGAUCAGAGCCCAAUGGAGUCACAGUGGUGAAAAAAUGCACAAACAUUUGAUACAUUUUUGAUCUUCAUUUAUUUGCUUAUAAAAGAAAACAAUACAAAAUAGCUUUUUUCUAAAAAGUGAUUACUUAUGAGCAAUUUAUAUAAAUCUGGAGUAAUUAAUAAUCUGAUGAGGAUUAUUUAUUUUUAAUACGGCACUUUCCGCUCAGUGGAUAUUCCAUUUUCAAAGUCGAUCCUGUUGGCAUAAUUUGCCCAGUAGACGAAAUUGUACAGGACGAAAAUAAGAGGGAUCAUGUAAAUGGCAAUGCGCUCGAUCUUGGUUCCCUCGACUCUCUCCUUCAGCUCCAGUUUGUCGUCAAUGUCGUCAUCAACCUGAAAUUGGGUAAAUAAUU